AGUGGCUUCCUUGGAUUUGGGGGCAAAAAGGUGGAUGCAAUUGACUUCUACAGGGAGCAAAUAAAGAAUCUUGAUAAAAAGAUGACCAUAGAACGCCAAAAAAUCUUAAAGGACCCUAAAUCCAUAAUGUCGGCUGCCUUUGUGUCGUUCAACUCGAGAUGGGGAGCCGCUGUUUGUGCACAGACACAGCAGAGCAAAAACCCCACGCUUUGGCUCACGAAUUGGGCUCCCGAGCCACGAGACGUGUACUGGAAGAAUCUUUCGAUACCUUUUGUCUCGCUUACCAUUCGGAAGCUCGUGAUAUCAAUAUCGGUUUUUGCAUUGGUGUUCUUUUACAUGAUACCUAUUGCGUUUGUCCAAUCACUGGCUAAUCUUGAAGGGCUGGAGAAGGUUGCCCCUUUCCUCAGGCCUUUAAUUGAAUGGAAAUUUGUGAAGUCAUUCCUUCAGGGUUUUCUUCCUGGUCUUGCUCUUAAAAUCUUUCUGCACUUUCUUCCUGCAAUUUUGAUGAUUAUGUCGAAAAUAGAAGGACACGUGGCGCUAUCAGUAUUGGAAAGACGGACGGCUGCAAAAUAUUACUACUUUAUGCUCGUUAAUGUGUUUUUGGGUAGUAUAGUGGCUGGAACUGCAUUCCAGCAGCUUCAUGCUUUUCUUCAUCAGUCAGCCACUCAAAUCCCAAGAAACAUUGGUGUAUCAAUACCAAUGAAGGCUACUUUUUUCAUCACAUACAUAAUGGUCGAUGGCUGGGCCGGGAUUGCAGGUGAAAUCCUCCGGUUGAAACCUUUAGUCAUAUUCCACCUUAAAAACAUGUUCAUUGUAAAAACUGAGAGGGACUUGGAGAAGGCAAUGAACCCUGGUGGUGUUAGUUUCCCCGAGACUUUGCCAAGCCUUCAAUUGUAUUUCCUUUUGGGCAUUGUGUACAUGGUUGUCACACCAAUCCUUCUUCCUUUUAUUCUCGUCUUCUUUGCCUUAGCGUACUUUGUGUACCGCCAUCAGGUAAUAAACGUAUAUGAUCAACAAUAUGAGAGUGCUGCAGCAUUUUGGCCGCAUGUUCACGGUCGCAUUAUAGCGAGCUUGCUAAUCUCUCAACUCCUUUUAAUGGGCUUAUUGAGCACAAAAGAGGCUGCAAAUUCCACUCCUUUGCUUGUGGUGCUACCGGUAUUGACUUUGGCCUUCCACAAAUACUGCAAGAGUCGAUUCGAACCUGCAUUUAGAAAGUACCCUCUUGAGGAGGCUAUGUCGAAGGACACACAAGACCGUGCUUUAGAAUCCGAAGUCGACUUGAAAUCCUACUUGUCCGACGCGUAUUUGCAUCCCAUUUUCCACUCGUUUGAGGAGGUUGACUUGAUUGAAGUCAAAGUCGAGAAAAAUGAGGACCACGUGGCGAGUUCUUCUCCGAGCAAGCCCAGUUCUCCAUCCCCUCAGCAUACAGAUCAUGAUGAAAACGAGCCCGCUCAAACUGUGCAGCACUAUGAAGUUGAACCACCGCAGGCUAUGUAUCAUUACGAAUUUGAAUCAUCUGAUAAUGUGUAUCGGUAUGACACUGGGUCACAGUAUCAAUACUAUCACUAUUGA